UCAUAACAAAAACAUGUGGUGCGUGUGUGGAUCGCAUGCAUGUGAUUUUUAUUAAUUUAAUAAAAUAAUAUAAGUGUAAUUUGAAAAUAGAAAUAAAAUGUUGAAACCCAAGGAUCUGGGAGAUGACCUCCCAGGGUUCGAAGCUCCUCCAGAAGACGAAAAUGCGAAGGAAAGUGAGUCGCAAAGUAGCAAAAAGAAAAAGAAGGGCUCUGGUGGUUUUCAAUCGAUGGGAUUCAGUUUCCCAAUCAUAAAAGGGAUAACUAAACGAGGAUAUAAACAACCGACACCCAUUCAACGAAAGACUAUUCCACUGGCAUUGGAGGGAAAGGAUGUGGUUGCUAUGGCACGUACAGGUUCUGGUAAGACUGCUUGCUUCGUACUGCCCAUAAUUGAGAAACUCACUUCGCCCACCAAUAAGCCGUUGCCUGGGAAGAACUUCAGAGCCCUCAUCCUGUCUCCGACCAGAGAAUUGGCCUUACAAACCCUAAGGUUUGUCAGAGAACUGGGAAAGUUUAGUGGAUUGACAUCAGCAGCUAUUCUCGGAGGAGAGUCCAUUGAGCAGCAAUUCAGCGUCAUGUCCGGCAAGGCUCCUGACAUUGUGGUGGCUACUCCGGGUCGAUUCCUGCACAUUUGCAUUGAGAUGAGCUUAAAACUUGACAAUAUCAAAAUGAUAGUUUUUGAUGAAGCAGACCGUUUAUUUGAGCUUGGCUUCGGAGAACAACUGAGAGAAAUCGUCGCACGCCUUCCGUCAAAUCGUCAGACGCUUUUAUUCUCUGCAACAUUACCAAAAAUGCUUGUAGAAUUUGCCAGAGCUGGUCUUUCAGAUCCUAUACUGAUCCGAUUAGACGUUGAUUGGAAGUUACCGUCGACACUCUGGCUUGGCUGGAUAUCGGUCAGAGCGGAAUUAAAAACUGCAGCUUUGUUACUGUUGUUGAAUAAAGUGCUGACUCCAACUACACCACAGGCUGUUGUCUUUGCUGCUACAAAACAUCAUGUGGAAUAUUUACAUUUGAUCUUACAAAAAGCGGGCAUAUCAUCCACCUACGCUUACUCCGGUUUAGAUCCGUCAGCUCGCAAGAUCGCUCUCGGCCGGUUCACCAACAACAAGUGCUCUGUGCUCAUCGUGACCGACGUCGCAGCGAGAGGUCUCGACUUGCCGGCUUUAGAUACGGUUAUUAAUUACAAUUUCCCGGCUACACCGAAGCUGUUUGUGCAUAGAGUUGGUCGUAGUGCUCGUGCGGGUCGCGCCGGUCGCGCGUUCUCGCUAGUAGCGGCCGAUGACGUGGCUCAUCUACUGGACUUGCAGCUGUUCUUGGGAGCCGACUUGAUAACACCCACACAGGUGAAAGAGAAAGGCGCGACGUGUCCCAGCGGCGUGUGGGGUGCCAUGCCCACCGCCGCGCUCGAGCUCCGGCACCAGGACGUCGUCGCCUGGGAGAAGGACACCUCCGAGAUCGAAGAAGCAGUCCGCACGUGUUCCCGCGGCUGGCAGCAGUUCAUCAAGUGGCGGGAAUCCGCCUCAGCUGAGGCCAACAAACGCGCCAAGAUCACCGCGAUACCGGUGCACACGCAUCCCUUCUUACUAGACGAGGGCGCAGACAAUGCUAAUGAUAUGGUCGCGCAGAUAAAGAACUAUACGCCUAAAGGGACAAUAUUAGAACUGACUACGAAGAAUGACUCCCCCAUGUAUAUGGCCAUGAAAAUCAUGAAGCAAAAACACUCGAAAGUUGUACAAAAGACGCGGGAAAAUAAGAAGCUACAGGCUGAGGGUAAAUUGGAAGGCAUUGAUUCGAAUAAUAAGUCGAAGAAGAAAAAGAAAGAAGUGGUGCGAGAUGAGAACUAUAUUCCUCAUCAAGCGUCAGACCAACAUACAGAAGCUGGUAUGGCGGUGAACUUCAACGCGGGCGCGGCGAGCGCGGAACUAGACAUGGGCGCGGACAGCGGCGACAUGGCGCGCGAGCGGCGUCAGCUGCUGCGCUGGGACCGCAAGCGCAAGAAGAUGGUGCACGUUGACCCGGACGGUGGUCGCAAGAUGAUCCGCACAGAGAGCGGCGGGCGCGUGCCUGCUUCGUUCCGCAGCGGCCGCUACGACGCCUGGCGCAAGCGCAACGCGCAGCCCGACGACGACGACGCGCCCGACGACCCGCACGCCAACAGGCCUGUGUCAGACUUCCGUCCCCACUGGGUGAAACACAACGAACGCGUCGCCAAGAAAAAAGCAGAAGCCUCCUCCAAGGAGUUCCGCGACAAGCAGCAGAUCGUCAAGGAGCGCCUGCGCAAGGAGAAGAUCAAGCAACGGCUCAAACACAAGAUGAAGGGCAAGAAGAAAAAGAAGAAGUGAUCUUAAUAAAAAGUUAUAUUAUGUAUGUUAAA